CAGAUCAGUAAGAAGGCACAUUUGGGAGAAUGGCGGGGGCGCCAUGACCCUGCAAUGCACCAAAUCAGCGGGACACUGGAAGAUUGUGGUGUGGGACGAGGAGGGCUUCCAGGGCCGGCGGCAGGAGUUCACGGCUGAGUGCCCCAGCGUGCUGGAAGUCGGCUUUGAGACUGCGCGAUCUUUGAAAGUGCUGAGUGGCGCGUGAGUGGGUAGGCUUGAGCAUGCCGGCUUCCAAGGGCAACAAUAUGUGCUGGAGCGGGGCGAGUACCCAUGCUGGGAUGCUUGGAGUGGCAACACGGCCUACCCCGCCGAGAGGCUCACUUCCUUCCGGCCUGUGGCCUGUGCUAACCAUCGUGACUCGAGGCUGACCAUCUUCGAGCAAGAGAACUUCCUAGGCAGGAAAGGAGAGCUGAGUGAUGACUGUCCCUCCCUCCAGGCCAUGGGUUGGGAUGGCAAUGAAGUGGGCUCCUUCCGCGUCCAAUCGGGGGCCUGGGUUUGCUCCCAGUUUCCUGGCUACCGAGGUUUUCAGUAUGUGCUGGAGUGUGAUCACCACGCGGGCGACUACAAGCAUUUCCGGGAGUGGGGCUCUCAUGCCCAGACCUUCCAGGUGCAGAGUGUCCGCAGGAUCCAGCAGUGAGCGGUGAAUGUGUGCUUGUCUGGAACAGAGGAGCUGUGGAGACUGUUACAUGCUCUCCUCUGCUUCCCCCGGUAACCCCGUGUGAACCCAACACCUGUGUGAGCCAGUCCAUGCGUGCAUAUU